AAGGUGGAAUGUCACGGUACCCACUCUGAUUACAGCCUUUAUUAAUAUACUCCUGGAUGAUCCUUUUUGAUGUCCAUGAAAGUUGUCAUCAACAUGGCAAAAGACGGGCAAGGAAUCACUGAGAUUGAUCAAGAGAAAUAUGAUGCUGAUGAGAAUGUCAAAAUUAUCUGUCUGGGAGACAGCGCAGUUGGAAAGUCAAAGUUAAUGGAACGAUUCCUUAUGGAUGGAUUUCGUCCACAACAGCUCUCAACCUUUGCUCUGACACUCUAUAAAUAUACUACAACUGUAGAUGGCAAGACUGUCCUUGUAGACUUCUGGGAUACAGCAGGGCAAGAAAGAUUCCAAAGCAUGCAUGCUUCCUAUUAUCACAAAGCACAUGCCUGUAUCAUGGUAUUUGAUGUACAAAGGAAAAUUACGUACAAGAAUCUUACCAGUUGGUACCAGGAGCUGCGGGAGUACAGACCAGAGAUUCCUUGUAUUGUUGUGGCAAACAAGAUUGAUGCCGAUCUUCGUGUGACUCAGAAAGGAUUUAACUUUGCGAAGAAGCACAACCUGCCAUUCUACUUUGUGUCUGCUGCAGAUGGUACCAAUGUGGUAAAGUUGUUUACAGAUGCCAUCAAACUUGCUGUAUCUUACAAACAGAACUCACAAGAUUUCUUAGAUGAAGUGAUGCGGGAACUGGAGAACUUUGAGCUUGAGAAGCCCGAAGACCAAUCUCAUAAUGAGGAGACUUCUGAAGACAACGACUUACAAAAAGCUGUGUGAGAUGCUAUCUAAAGAAGACUUGUGAAUGCAGUGCUACAAAUGUUCUAUGACGUUG